GCAGAGAAGGCGGUAGAGAGAGAGAGAGAGAGAGAGAGACGUUGGGUGUGUAGGCUAUAGGCUACUGUAUGUGAGUGCGACGGAGCACAAUAUUUGUGCGGACUCGAGGCGCAGAACACUCGGUACCGUCCGUAAAAAGAGAAAUAAACAAGAAUUCGAGCACUGAACCGAUCAGGGAUCUAUAGACACGGAAUCUUCAGGAUCGGGUCUGCGACAGAAGCCUUUUUCCUUUGGACCUGCUGCCAUAGACGAUUCAUCUGCAUGGUCCAGCAUCUUGACAGAGACAGAUUUAUAUAUGCAUUAUAAACAGCUAGUUUUAAACCCCCUGCUGCUAUCGUUAUCUUUUAUUCGUCUAAUUGACUCCUCGAUCAAGGCUUCGUGACAGUGGCAAUGGAAAGCCUAAUACACUAAUAGCCUUCUCCUAGACGACCUGGAGGACUGCAGUGGAGGACGGGUUUCCCUGGGAUCUUUUUUUCCAGUCGUAGUAGGGGACUCAAUCAGCAUCCAUUUGAAUGCUAUUUUGUAACAUUGAUUAUGUUCUAAUGGCAGUAUUUUAUUCUUGACACCUCUGUCCAGCAGGGAGAAUUGAAUCAAUUGUUUUACAGAGUGUCGGUACUAUCAGCUAUGAUGUAGAAGCUCACGUCCACACCGUCUUCACCAGUGUUAAUUAUUGAGUAUUAAUUAGGAUCAACACACAGGGCCUUCUUGUUAUUGCUGUCAUCAAAAUGCCGGCUGGAAUGAAGCCUCUUGAAAAGUUCUUGAAGAAGCAGACCAACGCACUUACUCGGGCCGGAGGGUUCGGGGAUAAAGCAACCGGCACCGGGGCAUCGAGGCGGCGGGCCAGCCUGUCCCGUGUGGUGCCGUUCUUCAGGGAAACGUCUCCCGAGAGCGGCCCGGCUAGGGAGGUGUUCAGCCCGGAGACCGAAGAAGCGCCCUGCUGGCCCUCCGCCACUGCGGACAUCAGGAGCCCGUCACUGUCCAGCGAUGAACAGAGCUCGGAAGCGAGUCUGGACACGAACUGGACCCCGCUGCCCGCGGACACUCCAGAGAAUCUAGCGCUGGCGCUGCUGGAUAGUGUGGCGGGAAAACGUUACACCAACUGUACAGAAAUACUCCUGGAUGACUUCAUGCUAACACACCCAAUCUUCCUGGCCCCAGACAAGUUCCAGCAAGUCUUGCUUCAGCAAUUCAGUGCAGAGGGUAAGCAGGGUGAGGGCUGGCCCAGCUGGGACGGAGCAGAGCGGAAACUUACAGUGCUGACUGUUGCCUUUCGCUAUCUGGACACAUACAGAGACUUACUGCAGGAGGAGGGAGAUCGAUCCAACACCUUCCCAAAGGAGCUGUAUUUGUGUGCUGUUCAGGAGCUCAGACGCUUUCCUGAUCUGGUGGAGGAUGUCCUGAAACUUCAACGCUGGACUGAGAUACUUCACAGCCCGGCGGAGGAGGACAAGGAAAGUCGUAAGAAGCAAGUACGUCCACUCUUCCGACACUUCAGACGAAUCGAUGCCUGCCUGCAGCCCCGAGAGGCUUUCCGCGGCUCCGACGAGAUCUUCUGCAGGGUGUACACGCCAGAUCACUCAUACGUGACUAUUCGAAGUCGUCUGUCGUGCCGCGUUGGAGAGAUCUUGGCUCUGGUGAGAGAGAAGCUCCAGUAUAGCGAGGAUCAGCCGACCCAACCUGCCAACCUCGUACUGGUGGCCGUCACCUCAUCUGGGGAGAAGGCUGUGUUCCGUCCCAGUGAUGAGGCAGUUUUCACCACCCUGGGCGUCAACACCCACCUAUUCGCCUGUGAGCCCUCAGAGCUGGAGAGCCUGAUACCUCUCCCAGAGGAGAUCCAUUGGUCGCCAGGCGACAGCAAACUCCAUGACAUGAGCGCAGAGGAAGUGGCCAAUCAGCUUGUUGUGUUCGACUGGGAACUCUUCAGCUGUGUACACGAGGUGGAGUUUGUAUGUUACGUGUUCCAUGGGGAACAGGCUCGCUGGCGCCCCCUCAACCUGGAACUGAUACUACAGCGAUGCAGUGAGGUACAGCACUGGGUCGCCACGGAGAUCUUGCAGUGCCAGUCGCUUCCGAAAAGGAUACAACUACUGCGCAAGUUUAUAAAGAUCGCAGCCUUAUGUAAACAGCAGCAGGAUCUGCUGUCUUUUCUGGCAGUGGUUUUGGGACUGGACAACCCUGCAGUCAGCCGCCUACGUCUCACCUGGGAAGGUUUACCAGGAAAGUUCCGGAAGCAAUUUCAGCAGUUUGAGAGUAUUGCAGACCCAUCCAGGAACCACAAGUCUUACAGAGACCUUCUAGCCAGCCUUAGAGCCCCACUCAUACCAUUCACUCCACUGCUGCUAAAGGAUCUGACCUUCCUCCAUGAGAGCUGUAAGAGUUUCCAUGGGGAACUGGUUAAUUUCGAAAAGAUGCACAAAGUGGCCGAGAUGGUUCGAAGUAUCAGGCGGUAUAGGAGCACCCAGCUAGCAAUGGAAGCAGAGCCGUCCCUUUCUCAUCUCCAGACGAAAGCGUAUGUUCGGCAGCUGCAGGUCAUCGACAAUCAGAACCUGCUCUUUGAGAUGUCCAGCAAGCUGGAGCCAAAAGACAUGUGAAGGGACUAAGCGUACCUACAAGCCAUAUCUACAAAACCCUCUUGAUUCUUUCAAUAACCCCCAGACACCCACCUUUCAUUCUUCAUUUUUGCAGAUCAACCCUGUUGGGUUGUCAAUCAUCUCAGGCUCCACCUCCUAAUCAUUGAACAAGGAGAAUUGUUCAUGGUGUGAAUUGUGAUUUGAGUGAAUCUGUGUCAGAGUUAAUUAUGUCCGCCCAUAAGGGUCUGGGUUUAGUUUCCACCUUUUUUUUUGGUGCUGUUUACGACUGAAAGGAAAACUGUCCUGAUUGCACUGCCAUCAGUUGGACUUAACCAAAUUGACACCCAUCCGGGUCACCGGCAUACGUUUAAUCUGUUCAAUUUUGCAUCCAGGCCAUCAGAAACAUAGACUGCGUUUUGGCCAUUCAAUCCUUACUUGGCCCCCUCAAACAUCAGACAAUCUAACCUCUUGAACUUUGACUUUCGGUCUUCCCUCCUCCACCACCAACAUUGGCACUUACUGCAACCCUGUGCAUCUUGGUUGCGGUCAUUAGAUGUUAGUGUUCUGUAUAAAACAAAUGGAUCCCCAGCCAUCAAAUGAGUCCCAAAUCCAAGACCAGCUCCUACGUACAGGAUAUUCUCAUUAUCCUGGUUAAUAUAGAAUGAUAAUAAGGAAGAGAUUUAUCUUAACAGAAGCCAAACAAGACUGGUCACUCUCCUCACUUAUUGAAGAUUGAUAACAGACCAAAAACAAGUGACCACAUGCAGUAUUUGUGAAGCUUUGACAGAACCUCUCAUAACUAUAUUAGAAACCUUUACUAUACUGGUAAUAUGGAUCAUUUCUGUUGGCCCAACCUAGUUUCAAAUGUAGAACCUAACAUGGGCGAGCACUUUUUUUUAUCAGUAUGCCCUCGAGUUAUGUUGAAAGGGCCUAUAGUAUACUUUCAUUCUAAUGGGAAAAAUACAUUUUGUGACUGGAUAAGAAUCAGCUUAUUUGCACCCAAAUUUUCUCCUGAGCUUUUAUAAGUUAAAAAGACAAAACGGGCUCAGAUCAGGUGAAAAACUCUAAAUGGGAUGACUUGUCUUGGAUUGGACUCUCUCAGGAUCUCCUCCUGAGGUCAUACGUGAGACUGCCUGUAAGGCUGCAGUGUACAUAUAUCAUGUAAAUAGCUAAAUAAAUAAAUAUGAAUAUGACUCUAUUUUAUGUAAGAGCUAUGAGAUGGACUCUCAAGAAGAACAUUUGUUUUGUAAAUCUAAGAAACAAUUGUACGUGUACAGUUUAAAAGGCGACGACCCGGACAGAGUCUGUGGCUUUGCGAUGAAAGAAUUGUAUAGCAUAUUCGCUGGUUUUGUUGUUUCCGUUUGAUAUCAUUUGUUAUCCAUUACAGAUGACUUGUACAUAUCCUCUGUUUUGGUUGCAUAGGGUUUUAUUUUUGUUUUGUUUUUUUGCAUAGUUUGUCUGCAAUGGAUGAAUUGUACAGCAUGUACUGUAGGCAGUUUAGUUGAAUUCUGCUGUUAUUUUGUUAAAGUUUUCUCAUUUGUUUAAUUUGAUAUUUUCAAAGCGGGUAUUAUCUUGUUGUUUUGGUUUUGUACAGAAGUCCGUGUUUACAGUGCGUUUCUCUGAAACUCAGACAUGUCCAAUGAAAGACAGAAGGACGGGGCAGGGAAAACUGCUCUGCCCCCUUUCUUGAUAUGAGACAAAGAUGCAUCUAAAAUAAAGCCUCUUGUGAUGAGCACGUGAGACACUCUUCCUCAGAAAACUGUGUGUGUAUAAGAUGCAUUUAUGUGGUGCAAACAUGACACUAAAUUCUAUAUUGCUUAAAAACAAAACUUUCUGGCCAAAGAAUGCUUCUAGUAAGUAUAUAGUGCAGAUGCUUUUAUCAAGCAACUCCUGAAUGACUUAUCAGGACCCCUUGUGCCAUAUAGAGUCAAGUUGAUUUUCUUUUACUAUUCAUGAGCAAGACACAUCUAGAAAUGUGUAUGGGGGUUUAGUAUCACUUAAAGGGGUCAUAUAAUGGUACAUGCACUUUUUCAAGUUGAUUGUACUGAAAUGUGUGUUGGCUGUGCCUGUACACAACCAUCCUAUUAUGAUAAAAAUCCAUCCAGUGUUUUUGUUUUAAUCUCCUUAUAUAUUUUCCCCUGCCUCAA